UUGUGUGGAAGUUGCUUGUUGAUUUGGGGGCCGUAGUGCUUAUGUUUUAAAAUUCUUCGACGUUCAUUUUGUAUUGGUGCGAAGUAAGACCUGAUACGUGAUUAGGCUUGAAGCUGUCGGAAAAAAAAAUUAAGGUGAUUUGCUGCAAUAUAGACUUAUUGGUUUAAAAAUGGCACGAUUUUUUAUAAGGAAUUUGCAGUAUAAUGAUAUUCCUGCACUUAUCUACCUCCCUCAGUUAGAAGGUAGGGAAAUGGGGCUGGAACCCGAAAUACGAUCUUGGUUGGAAAUGGAUCCCCUUGGUAUCUUCAUUGCCGAAAACUCGGAGACUGGAGAAAUUGCUGGUUGCUGUAGUGGAAUAGCCUUAUCAGAUGAUCACGGCUAUAUUGGCAUGUACGUAGUUCAACGGAAGCACCGAGGUUGUGGACUAGGUAGAAUACUUUGGAAUGCUGCCAUUGCUCGGUUAGGGAAUAGGAAUAUAAGUUUAAGCUCGGCAGAUAAAAUGCUGCCUUUCUACAAAGAGAAAGCCUGGCUUCUCUGUGAUGGCGAAUUGGACAGUGGACUUGUACACAACUGCAAAUGCCAUUCUGCCUGGUAAUACUUUAAACCAAGAUUUGACUUCUCCCUUUCCUAUUGUUGUUGAUCCAGAAGGACCGUUUGUUCAACAUGUUGUCCAAUACGACGCUUCUUUACAUAAAUAUGACCGUUCUCCGAUUGUCAAGGCAACAGUUAAAGAACCAGGAACAGUGACAUUGUUAUCUGUUAUCCAGUGCACCGACGGACAUUUCAAGACAACAGGAUACGCUUGUAUGAAGAAGAGCAUGCAAGGACACUGGUUAAUAGCUCCUGUAUACGCAGAUAACUACAAAUCUGCUUUUGCCUUAAUAUUUGGUUUAUUAAGUGACCUCGAUGACAGUCAGCGAAGAGAAGGAGUAGUGGCUAAACUUACUAGUUCCAACAGCGAAGCAGCCAAAUUGUUUCUCCAAUUUGGAAUGAAGAAAUCGCAAUACCAGCUUCGGCGACUCUUUACAAAACGGGUAUUUGAAAUACCUGAAAGCAAAAUUUUUGCUCUUCAGUCGUCUGUAUUUUGCACGGAAUGAUUUGUUUUAAACCUUUAAAUGUUUAUAUAAACCUUAAAUUCUUUCUUCCAGGAAUUUUAAUUGAGCCGUAAGAGGUGUACCUGUUGCACAGGACUUUAAUAUAGCUCUUCUAAAUUCUGAAUGUUUUAAUUUUUUUAAGUAUUUCGUUAUGCCAGUUCCUAUGUUGUAAUGUAUUGUGAUGAUUUGGCCGACACAUAAAAUAUCUUGUACCAGGCAAUAAUUAUGCAUGAUUAAUGGCCUACAAAUGUUUUAAAAUGUACAUGCAGAGCUAAUCUGUUAAUUACUCUUUUAUAUUGAAAUUGACUUAAGGCCGCAAUUAUUGCAAGUAGCGGUUUAAGUGAAACUUAAAUUUCCUAGUGUAACUUUUGGACUGGUGCAAGGUUUUUUAUUUCCGAAUCUUCUGCCUUUCCCACUCUUAAAAUUUUAUAUUGUAUUUACUAAUAUUCAAUAAAGUAUAUCUAAACUGAA